UGGAGAAAAAUUUUUUUCUAAUUUCGUAAUGGAAAUUAAAAUUUUAUUUGUAACAGAACAUUCAGUUUACUAGGAAAAAUUGUCAACUGAAAAAGAGAUAAUUGUAAUUAAUACAAUAGACCCGCGAUAUUAUUACCCAUUCUCAUACCCCUGCCAGGGACGUUAUAUCAAGGGUCUACUGUAAUUGUCUUUAGAAAUAUUCUUUCAAGAGAUUAAAGGAGAUAUACAAAAAAAAAGUGAUGUUAAUUUUAGAUAGAUAAUAUUGUUUCUCAUUACACGUAUUUGAGUAUGUAUGAAUAUUGUGUAUGUCCAUAGUUAAAAGUUUUGUAAAACAAUGUACUGAAACAACAGAGUAGUAUAAUGAAGUAACAUGAUAUUUAUCUCUCUUUGCCAAACACAUUUCAAAUUACCUAGGUAAGAGAAUAUAUAUGUAUAAUAUUGUAUUAUGUUUUUUUCUUCAAUGAAAUAGUAAGGAAGCAUGAUUGAAACAUAAUAAUGAAAUGGACUGUCAGUUAUGUAUCUUCAUUAACAUAUGUAUUAAGGUAGAUGUUGACUAUAUUUUGUGAAUACCUUUUAACUUUAAACAGGUAAUAUUGGCUACUUUAUUAACAAUAUAAUUUCUCUUUAAAAAUAAGGAAUACAUUCACACAAUUAUAUAAUAAAAAAAUGUGAUUGAGUCCUUUUUAGAAUAUUUGUUGUGCAUUACAAAACGGGACAAAAGUUUUAUAUAUAUAUAUACAUAGUCACAAUGAUAGUGUAUAUAAUACAUAUACAUAUACACUAUCAUUGUGAAGAACAUAUUUGAAACGAUUUCGAAAAUGGUUUGAAUAAACUGUUAACAAUUUUUUGCAGUGUUUUUCGGACAAAUACGUAUAUUAACAAUCUUUAGUGUACAAUUAUAAACCUGACGUUCUUUUCUUUAUACACAUGUGUUUAUAUCAAAUACAAAUGUUUACCUUAUGGCACAAGUAAACAUUCGAUACGGGUACAUAUAUUCUUCUCCGUAGAAAAACACGGUUUAACGUUUUUAUGUUAAACAAUUUUAUAAACAUUACUCUAUGGAUUGAAAUUAUGCUUCCAGGGUUGAAUUACGUACUUAGUUGAUUUCUUAAUUUAACGCUAAGGUAACAUUGUAACAGUUAAUGACGUGUAACCUGAUAGAAAAUUGACCUUUGCGCUUUGGGCGAUUUUAUACAACUCGUUCCAAACAGCUCCAAAGGGUUAAUAUUUUUGAUCUCGUAAUUUAAUGACAAUGCACGCAAAUGCCCUCCUUUUUUCAUUUAAAAACAAUUUUAAUCUUAAUAUCACGUUCUUUAUUAAGAUAUUCAUUAAAUUUUCAAAAUAUUUAAUCAGUUAAAACGCUUAAUGUUGUUGACAUUUUACUAGUCUACAGAGAGUGGCCGACAAUUUUGAGCGCAGUUGAAAUGUUUAAUUUAUUCCAGUCUCUAGUUUUGUUUUCGAGAUAUAGCAAUAUUCACAUUUAUGACUUAAUGCUAAUAUCUCUAUUAGUGAAUUGAAUUGUUUAGGAAAGAAUUACAAACAUUGCUUCUAGAUAUAUAUGUUCCUUUAAACAACGCACACCAAAAACUUCCAAAUUUGAAUUGCUUAUAUCUCAAAAACGAACUUUCAGAUUGAAGAAUGAUCAAGAACUUUUCAAUGUCUUUUAACAUGAAAAGUAUUAUAUACAUCAAUGUAUCCCAUAAUUUUUGGUGAAAUAUACGUAAUAUAUACGUAAUUUUUAAGUAUAAGUUGAAAGAAGGUUUUCCCAGUUUGUUUAAGCAAAUUUUUGUUUAAAAAAUAAGGUUACGAAGUAUAUUCAUUAACCCUCUGAAAAAAAAACAUUGUAAACAAAACGUAAUUCUUACUUUUCUAAAUAUAAUUUUGAAAGUGAAAUUCAAUUUGCAUAGUUCAUGAAAUGUUAUUUUCAUAUUAAGAAACAUACACACGAACUCUUGACAAAAUGUGUAUUAAUCUACCGUGUUGUUAUAUAGAAAUUACUUUUUUAUGGUCAUCAUUGAAAUAUUUUAAGUAGAUUUUUGAUACAUUAAUUGAGUUUUUAAAUAGCAAUUUUUGUGCUCCAGUUUCUAACUUAUUCUUAGAAUACAAGCUAUAAACAAUAUUAAUAGAAUAUUCAUUACAUUAUAUUCGAAAACAUUAUUUAUAUUAAAUCUCCCAUUUUCUGUGACUUUCUCAUCUGAGCAUUUCUUACUGUGUUCUAUCAUUGCAUAACAAUGAAAUUAUAUUGAUAAGAUGCUAUUCUGUUAUGCAAAGAUUUCAGUCUUCUUGUAAUUGCAAUACAGUGAAUUGCAAUUCGCAUAUUCAUGCAUAUUCAAAAACUCAAAUACUUCAUAAUAUUUUCAUACAUGAUAAAUGUAAUAUUUUAGUAUGCAUAAAAAGUAUUAUCCCAAUCUUGUUACAUUUUUGUAAAUAAUUCUAUACUUUCGUUUAUGCUAUAUGAUUAAUACAAAUAAAAAAAUAAAUAAAUAAAAAAAACGUACUUCUUGGUAUUAGUACUUAAUGACUUUGCAUUGUGUACUGUGUACCACAAUUUAUACGAUAGAAAUAUUUAUUAAAAUAAAUAUUGUACAACGAUAUGUGUUUAAUUUAUAUAUUAGGAUUAAUAUCAUUAAAUUGUCACAUGUACAUAUGAUUUUAUUAUUACUUCGUCGGUGUUUUACUUCCCCUUAUGAUUUAUGAUUGAAAGAAAUAAAUGUAAAUUAAUGUACAAUUGUUUAUUCUGUUAAAACAUGAUUAAGAGGCAUGAGGGAGGAUAUGUAGUAUGUAAGUGUAGUUCGUUUAAAAGUGCAUUAUUAGAUAUUAGAGAGUAUAAACGUAAUUUGUGUAUGUACGGGUGUGAGUAUUAUUAAUAGGGAUGGAUAAAGGCAAAGGAUAAAGAAGGGCGUGAAGGACGUCAUUUAGCUUCGAGAGUGAUAACUAUUUCAUAACAAACUGGAGCGUUUUACCAUCAAGGGCGCUGACUGUAAGUUUAAAAAUUAAUUAGUUCGGUGUAUUAUCUGCUGGAUGGCUUCUGAUUUCAGUGAAAACAAUUUGUCUAUCAAGAGAAACUAACGACGUUUUUUACAUUCUUGAAUAAUUAAUUUGAAUAGAAUAUUUUUAUCUUAUGAGUCAAUAAUUACCGGUACUUUAGUUAGUGGCGCCAUCUUAUAAAAAUGGUGGGAACUAUUUCCACUGCAAACUUGGACGUUUCUCCACCGAUGGCGCCACUGAACUAAACUCCGCUCACAGAGAGGCUUAGUGAGCGGUGGUCAGUGGUGUUCAGUGGUGUUGUGUUUCCAAUGCACCCAUUGAUAUGUAAUAUGUAUAUCAUGUGUAUACAAGAAAUUAUAUGUAACAAUUCAUUUAUUUAAACUUAAAAAGAAAACUAUCUGCUAUUGCUAUUUUCAUGAUACAAACAAUUACUUUGAGGUUAUCUAAUGUAGAAGACUACUGAUAUGUUAUGUUGCGAAAUGAAGUAGAGGUUACAUUUGACAUGCAUUUUCAAAACAUUAUUUACGUUUAUCAAAUAAAAUGGUCACGUUUGUGCCUGUUAUUUGUCAUAAAGUAAUACUAUAAAUUACAAAUGGAGAAUUAAAUUCUCAAUUCGGGGUUUUUAUAAAAUUCAAACGAGACUUCAAUAAAAUCCCAAUGUCAAAUUUAUUUUGUCUCGUAUGUAAUAUAAAUCUCGACGUAUCGUCAUGUGUAAAUAUAUUUUGCACAUCCUUGCCUCGUAACGAGGAGCUACUAGCAGAUUUCAUAUCAAAAGUACUUCUCAUAGCUGUUAAUGAAUUGCACGAUUCUUACAUCUGUUUGCAAUGUUAUAAUCUGUUCCAAAUGUUGGAACAAGCACAGAAGACUGUUUCAAACAUACGUUAUGAAAUUUUGAAGAUAUACCAUGCUACUGAGAGGAGAAAGAAUAUAAAGCAAACAGUAAAUAAUGAUGCCAACUUGAAUUUAAAUACGACCGUAGUCUUAGAAGACAAUAAGUUAAACAUAAACAACAGUGAUGAAUGCUUAAAAGGAGGGUCAAGUUUACAAGGCCUUCAAAUUGAGGAAAUGGUAGAGCAACAAUACAUUAAAGAUAAAGUAAUCAGGCAAAUAAGUCUUCCAAACAUAAAUUGUGAUAUUAGUGCAAAGACCAUUGCAGAAUCAAAGAAAGACUUUAAAAGAAGAGUAAUGAUUCAUGAUUCAAUAGCAUUAACCGAUGAAACCAAUCCAUAUACCAUUAACUCUGCACAAACAAAUAUGCAUACACUAAAGAUGCCCAUUGAGGACAACAAUGAUAUUUUUUCUAACAAUAAGCCACACAUACAAAAUAUCACUAGAUUGAUUGAUUUCAAAUGGAAAGAAGUAGAUGAAAAUGUUACAAAAGAAAAUACUGAAAACACAACAGCAUCAAAAAUAGAUGAACUAGAUGUUUCUAUGAAAUCAGGAAAAGUAUCAAAGUGCAAUUUAAAGCCAUUGAAAUACUCUUGUUCGACUUGUGGUAAAAGGUGGAAGACAUCAGCUGAACUAAAAACGCAUAUAAAAAGUCAUUCUACAUUAAAGCCAUAUAUGUGUGAAAAAUGUGGUCAGGCAUACAAGCAUAAACAUGCAUUAGAAAUACAUGUGGGAAUGCAUAAUGGAAUAAAUCCUUUCCAAUGCAAUUUCUGCAAUAAAUGCUUUACCCAGAAAGGAGCACUUAUGAGACACUUGCCAAUGCAUACUGGUGAAAUGCCUUACCAAUGCGAAGUAUGUGGAAAAAGAUUUAUACAUCACACAUCGUAUAACAUGCACAGAUUAUCACAUAGUGGAAAAAAGUCUUAUAAGUGCAGUAAAAUACCCUGUAUAUUACAGAUGUGUGAUUUGUCUCUACUUUCAACGUCUCACUUAAAAAGGCAUAUGCGAGUUCAUACUGGUGAAAAAGCAUACAGUUGCACAUUAUGUGGGAGACGAUUUGCGGAACGAUAUAAUUUGCUUGCUCAUCAAAAAAUUCAUGAUCUAUAUGAAAAUAAACCAAAAAAGACUACCGAAACACAAUAUAAAUGUAACCGCUGUAACUUGGUGUUUGAACAAAAGCAAAAUUUAAACGACCAUGCAAAAUAUCAUUCUGAUGCGUAUAGUGUUCAAUCGGAAACUAACGAGUUACCAAAAAAAAUUAAUCAUGAGCACGAUACAUUGCAGCAAACGUGGAUUCAAAUGAAUCGUUCUAAACUGGACGUUAUCGAUACUCAAACAAAAUUUGUCCUCUUGCAAAAUCCUUUGCCUGAAAUCGACGAAGACUCCUUUGCGGUUACUUUCAAUGACCAGAAAAUAUCUGAGGAAAGUACAAAUUACAAUACAAGUUUACAAGUGAUAAUACAAGCAUCAGAUACAUCAUCUUUAAGCAGCAAUCUCCCUCCUAUUGAUAAGACGCACAUGUGA